AUGAUCACCAUUACUACUUCUCUCUUCUUGUUCAUCUCUCUACUACUUGCUUUUUCUUCUUCACUCCAAGUUUAUUCCAAUGGAGACGCAGAGAUAUUGAUUCGGGUAAAAAAGACCCGUCUUUUUGACCCGGAUGAAAACUUAAGCGAUUGGGUCAUUAACGGUGACAAACGGAGUCCGUGCAAUUGGUCGGGAAUUAAAUGCCACAUAAAAAACGCUAGCUCCGUCGCCGUCACGGCCAUUGAUCUCUCUGGCUAUGGAAUCUCCGGUGAGUUUCCUUACGGAUUCUGUCGUAUUCGCACGCUCGUCAACAUCACUCUUACUCAAAACAAUCUCAACGGUACGAUUAAUCCUGUAUCUCUCUCCCUCUGCUCUCGCAUCCAUGUUUUGAUCCUCAAUGAAAACAACUUCACCGGGAAACUACCGGAGUUCUCGUCGGAGUUUCGUCACUUGCGCGUCCUCGAGAUGGAGUCGAAUCUGUUUUCCGGCGAGAUUCCGGAGAGUUACGGGAGAUUUCCUGCUUUGCAAGUUCUGAACCUUAAUGGCAACUCGCUCGGUGGAAUCGUUCCGGCGUUUCUGGGUAAUUUGACUGAGUUGACUCGUCUUGAUCUCGCUUACGUUACUUUUGAGCCUGGUCCGAUUCCAUCGACGAUUGGGAAUUUGACGAAGCUGAGAUAUCUACGGAUAACCAACUCGGGACUCGUCGGAGAAAUCCCGGAUUCGAUUUGGAAUCUGGUUUCGCUGAAGAAUCUCGAUUUGGCUACGAAUGGUCUCACCGGAGAAAUACAGGACAGUAUCGGACGACUCAGAUCGAUUUAUCAGAUUGAGCUUUUCGAUAAUCAGCUGUCGGGGAAAUUGCCGGAGAGUAUCGGAAAUUUAACUCGUUUGAGGAAUUUUGAUGUCUCGCAGAAUAGUCUCACCGGAGAAUUGCCGGAGAAGAUUGCUGCUCUGCAAUUCAUCUCUUUCAAUCUCAACGACAACUUCUUCACCGGAGAAUUACCAGACAUCAUAGCUGAGAAUCCUAAUCUCGUCGAAUUCAAGAUCUUCAACAACAGUUUCACUGGGAAAUUACCUCGGAAUUUCGGGAAAUUAUCCAGAAUAUCUGAAUUCGACAUCUCCACGAACAAAUUCUCCGGCGAAUUUCCGCCGGAUCUUUGCUACAGGAAAAAACUUGAGAGGAUAAUCACCUUCGAUAAUCAAUUAAGCGGAGAAAUUCCAGAAUCUUACGGCGACUGUCAUUCGCUUAACUACAUCCGAAUGGCGGGCAACAAUCUCUCCGGCGAAGUUCCGGUCAGGUUUUGGGAACUUCCUCUUUCUCGUCUCGAGCUAUCCAACAAUCAGUUACAAGGUUCGAUUCCGCCGUCUAUAUCCAAUGCUCGUCAUCUAAGUCAGCUCGAAAUCUCCGGUAACAACUUCUCCGGUGUAGUUCCCGCCGAAAUCUGUGCUCUCGGAAUCCUCAGAACCGUCGAUAUUAGCCGCAAUCGUUUCUCAGGAUCUCUUCCAUCUUGCAUUAACCGAUUGAAGAAUCUAGAAAGAGUGGAGAUGCAGGAGAACAUGCUCGACGGAGAGAUUCCGAGUGCAGUGAGUUCGUGCAAAAAGUUAACCGAGUUGAAUCUCUCGAAUAACCGUUUCCGCGGUUUAAUACCACCGGGACUCGGUGACUUACCGGUUUUAAACUAUCUGGAUCUCUCCAACAACCAACUCACCGGUGAGAUUCCGCCGGAGCUCUUGAAGCUAAAGCUAGACCAAUUCAACGUUUCCGAUAACAAACUGUCCGGCAAGAUACCUCUUGGGUUUCAGCAACAGAUUUUUCUACCGAGUUUUUUGGGUAACCCGAAUCUUUGUGGCCCGAAUUGGGAUUCGAUUCGACCUUGCCGAUCCAAACCCGAAACCCGGUACAUCCUCCUGAUCUCUGCCAUCUGCAUCGUUGCAUUACUCGGAGCUUUGGUUGGGAUCUUCAUCAAAACUAAACCGUUAUUCCGGAGAAAACCGAACCAGGCCAACAAAGUAACCAUUUUCCAGCGGAUCGGGUUCACUGAGGCGGACAUAUACCCGCAAUUAACCAAAGAUAACAUCAUCGGAUCGGGCGGGUCGGGUUUGGUUUACAGAGUAAAACUCAAAUCAGGUGAAACGCUUGCGGUGAAGGAACUCUGGAGAGGAUCGGGUCAAAAAUCGGAAUCUGAGUCCGUUUUCAGAUCCGAAGUAGAGACUCUGGGUCGGGUUAGACAUGGAAACAUCGUGAAACUUCUCAUGUGCUGCAACGGCGAGAAGUUUCGGUUUUUAGUGUACGAGUUCAUGGAAAACGGCAGCUUGGGUGACGUUUUGCAUUCAGAGAAAGAACAUCGCGCCGUUUCACCACUUGACUGGAGGACACGGUUUUCGAUCGCGGUUGGUGCUGCUCAAGGACUUGCUUAUCUUCACCAUGACUUGGUUCCGCCGAUUAUUCACCGUGACGUCAAAAGCAAUAAUAUACUGUUGGAUCAUGAGAUGAAGCCACGUGUUGCUGAUUUCGGUUUAGCUAAACCGUUGAAAAGAGAUGUCAAUGAUGGUGUCUCCGACAACAUUCCGAUGUCUUGUGUUGCUGGAUCCUACGGCUACAUUGCUCCAGAAUAUGGUUAUUCAUCGAGGGUGAAUGAGAAGAGCGACGUGUAUAGUUUCGGGGUAGUGUUACUCGAGUUGAUAAUCGGAAAAAGACCAAAUGAUUCGUGUUUUGGGGAGAAUAAGGACAUUGUUAAGUUUGCAAUGGAAGCAACUUUAUGUUACUCUUCUUCAUCACCCGAAGAAGCCGGGAAUCGAGGUUCACCAGGAAACUUCAAAGAUCUUAGCAAGCUUGUGGAUCCGAAGAUGAAACUUUCGACGAAAGAUUAUGAAGAGAUAGAGAAAGUUCUUGACGCUGCGUUGCUUUGUACAUCGUCGUUUCCUAUUAACAGGCCGACCAUGAGGAAAGUUGUAGAGUUGCUCAAAGAGAAGUAA